AUGUCUGCAAAAUUGGCUGCUGUGUCACCUACAUGUCCCUUGACUUUGUCUCUUCAUGUACCGGUGUGGAGCCUACAACUAGCUGAGCCCAUCGGUAUCGCCCUCGCUCUCGGUCUUGACUACGUCCAGGUAGGUAUUUACUGUGGGAAUCUCGGCGACAUCGGAAGUGUACCUAUUGGAAGAUGCGGCAAUCAUAGCCAUAAUCUGCAGUUGAAGAUCCGGGUAUCUGGUGAAGAGCUUGUACCAGUCGCUGUUGUCUUCCAUGCAGGUGUAGUCGCCAAAGGUGAUGUGGGUGGGACAGGAUAUCGAGGAUGA